AAGUUCCUCCAAGUUGGAAGAGGCCUGUGACAUGUAUGUGAGGGCAGCCAACAUGUACAAGAUGGCCAAGAACUGGUGUGCUGCAGGAAAUGCUUUCUCCAAAGCUGCUCAUCUUCACCUCCAAAUGCAGAGCAAACACGACGCAGCAACUAACCUGAUAGAUGCUGGAAACGCGUUCAAAAAAGCCGAUCCACAGGAGGCUAUCAACUGCUUAAACCGAGCUAUCGAGAUCUACACAGAUAUGGGCCGUUUCACCAUCGCAGCAAAACACCACAUCACCAUCGCAGAGAUAUACGAGACAGAGUUGGUGGACAUCGACAAGGCCAUUGCUCAUUAUGAACAAGCAGCAGAUUAUUAUAAAGGUGAAGAAUCCACCAGUUCAGCAAACAAGUGCCUUCUGAAAGUUGCGACCUAUGCAGCUCAGCUGGAGCAAUACCAAAAGGCUAUAGAGAUCUACGAGCAGGUUGGAACCUAUGCAAUGGACAGUACGCUCCUGAAAUACAGUGCCAAGGAUCACUUCUUCAAGGCGGCGCUGUGCCACUUCUGUGUAGACAUGUUAAAUGCAAAGCUGGCCGUGCAGAAGUAUGAAGAAAUGUUCCCAGCAUUCUCAGACUCCAGAGAGUGCAAGCUGCUGAAGAAACUUCUAGAUGCGUAUGAAGAACAGAACGUGGAAGCCUACACUGACUCGGUGAAGGAAUUUGACACCAUUUCCCGUCUGGACCAGUGGCUCACCACCAUGCUCCUACGCAUCAAGAAGACCAUACAGGACGACGAGAGCGACCUGCGCUGACGUUCCUCCCGCCUCUCAACAACCGCCUUCCUGCGUUCGCCGUUUAAUGGAGACCCCGUACUCUUCCCUUUUUUUUUCUGCCAUCCGCGUAAUGUCGUCGUCGCCUUUUUAUUCCACCCUGACAAGUCUUUAUAUCACACGUAUGAACACUAUUCCCCUGAGUGCGCUCUGCACCCCAAGGUACAUUAGUUACAACGUUGUUUUGCAUCGGGUGUUGGCCCAGUUCUGGUUCAGAGUAAUUCGUGAUUGGGAUGCAGUGCCGAAUAAUCUUACCAGCACAUUUGUAUGAUCAAGAUUCGGUUUUAUUUUAUUUUUUUGCUGUGAUGUGAUGGAUGAGAGAAUGACAACCAGGCUAACAGUUUUUUGACAUGUCAGAAUAAACUAAACGAACUGAAAUGCGUGCUCUGCCUUGAAGCGGUAACAUUUGGGGCUUUGGUUCUUUUGGAUGCUAAAGGGGUCAUAAUAUCGGGGCAUUUCUAAUUAAACGGCCUGAAGUUCUCCCGCAGAAAAUGUCCCUCCUCUGCCUUAAGCUGCUCUCAGGAUGUCUGUGCACGGCAGGAUUUGACUAAAAUAAAGUAAUAAUCAUCGUUUUGUAAGGAAUUAGCAUUGACUUUGUAUAAUUGCUUCCCUUUAAAGUCAAUUUGUUCCUGAAAAAGACUUUUAGAGACAACCUUUUGUCUUUGUUAAACAUUUGCAUGGCUUGGAGUGAAUGAGGCAGUUUUCCGCCGUGGACGAAUGGUUUGUUUUGUUUGUGUAACCGUCGUGUUCGUAACCAGGCUGAAUUAAAACGACAACAAAAAAAGAAAAAUCUUGUUUUUUAAAAGCCUGCUGGAGGUGCAAUACGUCAACCACGGCAAAUCUUCACUGAUCCGGACACUGUGCUCCCCUCUCCUGAUGGUGAUCCUGUGAAACAUUUGGUCUUACGAAGAGUUUGUGACGUUUCCUGUUGAAUAAACCUGAGUGUGCGUG